GGAACUUUAUCGGGGGUUAGGGUUUUGGCUCCCUGGUUUCGAACGCCAUUGGCGACUCUGUUUUUCUUCACUCUCUCUCUCUCUCUCUCCCCGCCCGGGUUUGCUCGCUGAGUCCGAGUUUGUCAAAUGAGAACCGCUUAAUCUGUUGUGCCUGUCUUGCUUCUGGUUGGGCCGUCGUUACCGGUGGAAUUACAUGCAAUUUGUGGAAUAUGUCCUGGGAAGUGAGGACUGCUUGAAUUGGUUGAUCAAUUUUGCAUGCGUUGCAUCUGGCGCAGCAAUACAUUGGGAAUGAUUCAGAGGAGAUAAAAAAAUGUCGGUCGGUUAAGGUUUAUGGAAAGAUAUAUGCAGCAAAAAUAGCAAUUGCUGAUGUAUUCUAAGCGAUCCGGUCAAAGCGAUGGACCUGUUCCUGGGCCAGUACGGACAAGUGAUAGGCUUCGGAGAAGGCCAAAGAUAUAUGCUCGCCCAUACUUGUAUUAUGCUCCAUCCAUUAUUCGUCCUAAGCGAAGCAAGACGAAGACAAGAACAGCAGCUUCUCAGAUUGCUAAGAUGUUGCGCCCGGGUAACCGACCAGUCCGGACCCCAGGCAAUAGUUCAGUCCCGACAAACCUUCGGCGAUCUACAAGGAAGAGGAGGGUUUCUGUAAAUCUGGAAGAUUACACUGAUAGUUCUGGAACGGAGGACAAUGACCUAAUGAGACCGAGAUAUCGAAGUUCCAGGAACCAGAUUGAUAAUAGUGCAAGUCAAGAUGAUUUUUCAUCUCCAAAGCGUAAAAAAGUUGCUGAGACUAGAUUAUUGCCUCGGCGAGAAGGAUUGCGACCUCGACAUUCAAAAAAAAUUGCAAGGGAACAAUUAACCAUUGGAUCUGAUGAUGAACAGGGUACUUCUGAGGAGAAAGUUGGUGCAGAUGAUACAGAAAAUGGGAAUGACAUAGAGGAUAAUGAUGCAGAUGAUGGGGAGGGUCAAGAUGACGGUGAUGGGGAGGAUGAAGGAGAGGGUGAAGAUGGAGAGGAGGAUGGUGAUGAUGAAGAGGGGGAGGAAGAACAAGGUAGGAGGCGAUAUGAUCUUCGCAAUCGUGCAGAUGUUCGUAGGCUCUCUCUUGAGGAGGGUAAGCAAAGACCUAGGUCUCCACGAAGAGUGUUGCACCAAGGAAUGGGGACUAAAGUUAGUAGGGAUGUGAGAAGGGGGGGAUCCCGAGUUCAUAAACGUCAUCGCCUAACAAGAGCUGAAGAUUCUGAUGAUUCACUCCUUGUGGAUGAGCUAGACCAAGGCCCUCCUAUUCCUUGGGGAAGGGGCGGGGCCAGAUCUGGUCCACCUUGGCUUUUUGGGGGACUUGACAUGCAUGGUACAACAGCAUGGGGUUUGAAUGUUGCUGCAUCUGGUUGGGGCCAUCAGAGUGAUGCUUUGGUCAACUUGACUUCUGGUGUCCAAACCGCUGGGCCAAGCUCCAAGGGAGGUGCAGACAUUCAACCUUUGCAGGUUGAUGAUAGUGUAAGUUUUGAUGACAUUGGUGGGCUUUCUGAAUAUGUUGAUGCUUUGAAAGAAAUGGUUUUCUUUCCCCUACUAUACCCCGAUUUUUUUGCUAGCUACCACAUUACCCCUCCAAGGGGGGUAUUGUUAUGUGGUCCCCCUGGUACUGGCAAAACUCUAAUUGCUCGAGCAUUAGCCUGUGCUGCUUCAAAAGCUGGCCAGAAGGUAAGUUUUUAUAUGCGAAAGGGUGCUGAUGUGCUAAGCAAAUGGGUUGGUGAGGCCGAAAGACAAUUAAAACUGCUGUUUGAAGAGGCCCAAAGGAAUCAACCAUCCAUUAUUUUCUUUGAUGAAAUAGAUGGACUUGCUCCUGUAAGGUCUAGCAAACAAGAACAAAUUCACAACUCUAUAGUUUCAACUUUGCUUGCCUUGAUGGAUGGUCUUGAUUCCAGGGGACAAGUGGUCUUGAUUGGAGCAACCAACAGGGUUGAUGCCAUUGAUGGAGCCCUGCGACGCCCUGGAAGAUUUGAUCGUGAAUUCAAUUUUCCUUUGCCUGGUUGUGAGGCACGUGCUGAAAUAUUAGACAUUCACACUAGAAAGUGGAAGCAGCCUCCUUCAAAGGAGCUAAUAUUGGAGCUAGCAGCUACUUGUGUGGGAUAUUGUGGUGCUGAUUUGAAGGCUCUCUGUACUGAAGCUGCUAUUCGUGCCUUCCGCGAAAAAUACCCUCAAGUAUACACCAGUGAUGACAAAUUUCUAAUAGACGUUGAUUCGGUAAAGGUGAAAAAGGAUCACUUUGUAGAAGCCAUGUCAACAAUCACACCUGCUGCACAUAGAGGUUCAAUUGUGCACUCCAGGCCAUUAUCAUCUGUUGUUGCACCAUGUCUACACAGGCAUCUCAAGAAAGCCAUGGGCAUUAUCUCAAAUAUUUUUCCUGCUCUUGAAGUUUCAUCAGAACUGACCAAGCUUUCUAUGCUUUCCUAUGGUUCUGCUGUUCCCCUUGUGUAUAGGCCUCGACUUCUGAUAUGUGGUGAAGAAGGUGUUGGACUGGAUCAUCUGGGACCUGCAAUUUUGCAUGAAUUGGAAAAAUUUCCUGUUCAUUCUCUUGGACUUCCAUCUCUUCUUUCAGACCCUAGUGCAAAGACACCUGAGGAGGCAUUGGUUCAUAUAUUUGGUGAAGCGAGGAGAACCACUCCAUCAAUUCUUUACCUACCACAGUUCAAUCUUUGGUGGGAGAAUGCACACGAGCAGCUUAAGGCUGUUCUAACAACACUGUUGGAGGAAUUGCCAUCCGAUUUUCCCAUAUUAUUGCUUGGGACGUUCACAGUUCCACUUUCUGAACUUGGCGAGGAACAUUCUUCUAUAUUUUCUCUCUGUAAUGUCUAUCAAGUGGACAAACCCUCAUCUGAAGAUAGAUCAAUGUUUUUUGGCCGUCUGAUGGAAGUGGCAUUGUCGAUACAGUCAGAUGGAGUAAGAGAAAAGUCAAAGAAAUCAGGUUCCCUUCCAGAACUUCCAAAAGUUCCAAAAGUGGCUUCUGGUCCAAAGGCCUCCGAGUUAAAAGCCAAGGCAGAAGCUGAGCAACAUGCUUUACGCCGAUUGCGGAUGUGUCUUCGGGAUGUUUGCAACCGGAUUUUGUAUGAUAAAAGGUUCAGCGUUUUUCAUUAUCCAGUCCAAGAUGAGGAUGCUCCAAACUAUCGGUCAAUCAUCCAGAACCCCAUGGAUAUGGCAACUUUGUUGCAGCUUGUUGACAGUGGAAAGUAUGUUACAUGCAGAGCAUUCUUGGAAGAUUUUGACCUCAUUCUUACUAAUGCAAAGAAGUAUAAUGGAGAUGACUACAAUGGAGCUAGGAUUGUGAGUAGAGCUCACGAGCUUCGGGAUGCAGUGCAUGGAAUGCUGUCACAGAUGGAUCCUGCACUGGUGGCAUUCUGUGAAAAGAUCGAAGCUGAAGGGGGUCCAGUCCCUUUGCCUGAUGAAUUGGCAGGUUCAUUUCCUCCAACUCCGGUUGUUCAGCUGGCUACAGUUACCAGAGCAAGUGCGCGGCUUCGCAAUGUCCAACCAGAGGUUAAUUUGGACCAAAGCUAUGAAGCGCUGAAACGACCGAAGAAGAACUCAGAUACUGCUCAUGCAGGCCUAACGGCAGAAGAUGGACCAAGGAUUCAGGAGGUCCCACAAUCGAAGUCACCUCAAGAACCCGAAGAAGAUGAUACAAAUGCAGGAGGAUCAGAAAGCUCGCCAGCUGAUCCCAGCCCAUGCGAACGCGAAACUACAGAAGAGACCUCUGCGUGCAGAUCCGAAGAUGUUCUCAUGUCAGAUGGAGAGAUUUACAGUAAAAUCGAGUCUGUGAAGCGGAUUUUCAUGGAGCGUACCGAAGACUAUGGCAUUCCACAGCUGGAAAGGCUCUACACCCGCGUAAUGAAAGGUGUUUUCGAAACCAAAGGUAGUGAACCUGGGGACGACCACAAGUCCUCGAUUUUGAGCUAUUUGUUCAAGUUUGCUGAAAACAAGGCAAAUUUUUGACCCAACAGUUUUUCCCUGUCUAGAAUAAUUGUUCUUUCUCCUUUAUUCUUCUUUUCUUUUCCUUUAAACAGCUGAUUUCUUGUUGAUAUCGGGAGUUUUUUUUUUCUUUUUAUUUUUCCCUUCAAUUCCCUUUUUAAGAGCCAGAAACUCCUCUCUCUCUCUCUCUCUCUCUCUCGCUCGCUCGCUCUGGGUCUGUGUCUUAUCAUUGUAAAUUCCUCUCUGUUCUGAAAGAUGGCUGGCUAUAUGAUAAUUGUAUCUAACAAAUCCUUUUAGACACUGCA